AUGCUGCUGCUCAGGCUCCUCGGCCUCCUCUGGAUGCUCAGGGCCUCCCCAGGGGCCACAGGGGCUUUCUCCACGGCCACAUCUUCCUCUGCUGCAGCCUACCCUUCCCCGCACUCCAGGGGUGCAGCAUGGGGGCCCCUGGGUGCUCCCCACACAGCUCCUCCCACGCCUGGCCACAGAGGAAACACACCUAGGCCUCUCACGUCCACUCACCUCAAAGCCGGUUCUGAAAUAGGGCCCAAAUCCCCAGUCAAUGCCAACCCCUCCACCACCCCCGGGGCCACGUUCGCCAUCAGGGUUGGAACCACGCCCCCUACAGUCUUUGUCUACAAGUCUACCACUGAGUGUAUAAAUCCCACGACCCUUGUCUUUACCGCCACCUACCCCACCACCACCUGUAUGACCAUGAUCACAGUGCCCCUCACUGGUUCAUACACUACCACUCCCGUGACACAGAAGCCAGUGACAACCAUCACCAGGACUUACCCUGUCACCACUACCCAGAAGGUGACCUCAGCCAUGACCUCUUCCCCCACCUCUACCACUAUGGGGGGCACCUCCAUGAUAAUGGCCAUACCCUCCUUCUCUUCUUCAACCUCAGAUACCACCAGGGACUCUGUGACCUCCUCUACAAAGGGGACCACAGGAUGGAAUACCCUGACCCCAUCAGGCGUGCCCUCCAUCACUCCUGCAUCCAACACGCCCCCUUCUAUCAGUCCCUCAUCUGUGGACGACACCAGUCCAUUGAGCACAGUGACAGGCAACUCCUCCCCCCACACUAGGACCAUCGCCUGGUCUCCCACUGUCCAGGACAUAGACUCCACACCACUUGUUAGUACAAUCCAUAUCACCCCCAGUAUGCAAACUACCCUGGCAAGUACUGAGAGCACCUGGGGAAGUUCUCUUGAUACAAGUAUUCAGGUGACAUCUGACACCUCACUGCCAAUGUCCUCCUCUGCUAUAUUUACCUCUGAUGGAGGGUCCUCCUUUUCUCCUGUACAUAGUACUUUUUCUCCUAUAAGUACGGAUUCUUCCCUCUCUUCUCUUCCUACCUUCACUCCAUCACCACACUCGAGUAGUCUCAUGUCAACGUCACAUGUCUCUAUGACACAUAAUGACUUGUCCACUCUUAAAACCUCUGUCUCCACCCCUCCAGUGGUAACCUCACUCACUACCUCCCGUGAGUCCAGCACAGAAGCCUUCACUAGGGAGACCACUUCCACCAAUGCAAUAAUGACGUCCUUUGGGACCUUGAUCUCUUCUACACCCACAGUAAGACUGUCCUCUCCUCUCUCUUCUCCCACCAGCAAUUCCAUGCUCCCCACUACCACCAAUGCUGGCCCCACCUCCCCACCUAUCUCCAAUACAGAACAAGUCAGCUCUUCCACCACCACCUCUUCUCUGUCCUCUUUUGCAACUACCAGAACUUCUCCAACCAUUUCCUCGCUGACCACAACUCUCACCGAAAUAACCCCCUUUUCUUUUAUUUCUCUUCCUUCCUCCACACCCUGCCCAGAAACUAUCACCAUUACAAUAGUCCCCACCUCUCCCACUCCUCCAUGCAUAGAAGUUGAUCCCAGCACUGAUGUUACCUCUUCUCCCACCACGCCAUUCUCYGUCCUUCCCUCUUCUACUGAAAUGGUCACCCUUCCCAGUUCUACCAGUAUAAGAACCAUGUUUCCAACACAUCCGGAUGCUCCUACUUCCAUGACUCCGGAAUCUGAGCCCACCAACAUUAUAACUGAUGCUCCUAGUUCUUCUGGCCCUACAACUGUACCCAUGAGCACAGAUUUAAUGAGCACCCAAAUGCCCUCCAGUGAGACCCCACCUAGCUCCGACUCUGUCACCACCCCACAUAUGCCUGGCUCCACUAAUCUCCCACCGACCACAAAGCCAAGCAGUAGCCCUCCAACGGUCAUGACUUCCAGCGAGUUGACACACCCCACUCCACCCACCACCAGAAGCCCAGAGACACCAGUGGCCACCACGAAGACUCCCACCACCCUGACGUCCCCAAGAACAACUCUGACCACCACUCAGAUGACUACAGUGUCAAGAACAACCCCAGGUAACUGUGACAAUGGUGGCACCUGGGAACAGGGCCAGUGCUCUUGUCGCCCUGGGUUCUCUGGGGAUCRCUGUCAGCACAAGGAUAUCGGGUGCCAGAAUGGGGGUACAUGGGAUGGCCUUAAGUGCCUCUGCCCCACCACCUUUUAUGGCCCUCUCUGUGAGUUUCCGGCGGAACAGUUGGAGCUAGGCACAGUGGAAGCCGAAGUGGGCAUGGAGGUGUCUGUUGACCAGGAAUUUUCUCCAGACCUCAAUGACAACACUUCCAAGGCCUACAGAGAUUUCAACAAGACCUUCCAGGAUCAGAUGAUGAAGAUUUACAAAGGCGUGCAGGGGUUCAGGGCUGUGAAAAUCCUCUCCUUGAGGAGUGGCAGCAUCGUGGUGGAUUAUCUGGUCCUACUGGAGCUGUCCUUCAGCCUGCAGUUGGAGAGCCAGUAUGAGAAGGUGAAGACGGUCCUGAAGGAGGAGCUCCAAAGUGUCAUUCAGGAUGGGGACAGCUGCCAGCAUAACCAGACCCUGUGCUUUAAACCUAACUCCGUCAAAGUGAAUGAGAACAUCAGGACAGAGCUGACCCCAAAAGCCAUCUGUAGCAGAGCGGCUGCCAAGGGCUAUGAGGAAUUCUACUUCCCCCUGGUGGAGCAGAAUCGGCUCCGUUGCGUCACCAACUGUACGCCCGGCGUGGACGGUGCCAUCAACUGUGGACAGGGCCAAUGCCUUCUGGAGAGGAGCGGUCCCGUGUGCAGAUGUUUCUCCACUGACACUCAUUGGUUCUCGGGGUCGCGCUGCGAGAUGGCCAUCCACUGGAGGGCGCUGGUCGGGGGCCUGGCGGGGGGCGCCGGGGUGCUGCUGCUGCUCCUGGGGCUGCUGAGCGUCUGGUUGGUGCGCUCCCGGGGAAAGGACCGCCAGCGCCGAGGACAGUCCUGGGACAAGGACAGGCAAUGGUUUGAGAUCUGGGAUGAAGACACCGUGGGGACUUUUUCCAACAUUGGCUUCGAGGACGACCGAAUAGUCAAUGACAAAAGCUUCCACGUGGCCUUGGAUAAUGUGGACACCAGCACGAAGGUACACAUUCAGAGACCUGAGAUGGCCUCAUCCUCGCUCUGA